AUGGAAACCGAGAACUUCUUCAGAUCUUCCUUUGGCUGCACGGAUGGGUUUCGUGGAGAAGAAAUAUGUUUUUCAACGAAACACCACCACUUCCAAUUCCUUUAUUAUUCAGGUCAACUGAAGAUGCAUGAAGAAACUGUCGAGGAUCUGGUCUCCGCCACUUGCCUCCUGCAGAUGACAGAGGUUCGUGAGGCUUGCGAAGAAUUCCUUGCACGCCGGCUACUACCCGCAAACUGUCUCGGCAUGAUUCGCUUUGGUGAACAACGUGACUGCUUAUCUCUGAAACGAGUCGCUUUUGAGUAUGCUUUGGUGAGUCAAAAAUAG